CAGCGGUCCGUCCAUCGAAGCUGGUUUAGCGUUAAAAUGCGCUCCAGUCAACAACGCUAUCCUUCACGUUGCGCUAGCUGGACCGGCGUAUGUUAAGGAAACUAACUUCAAAUGAUCUAUCUUGCGCGUCGUUGAAUUUGCUCCAAAUCAAAACCUAGUCAGUACCCCUUCAAGAUCUUCAAUCCAGAGGUCCCAGUUUCUCAUAAGUCAUACCCGAUAUCUGGAGACUCGUGAAAAUUUGAGCUAUAGUUUUUAUUCAUGGUCGUUUUCAAUUUUAAUAGUGCAAUGCAGUAGCCUUGGAUUUGUUUAUGUGUACUUCAAUUACAAGGGAUCGAGUCUGGGUGAAUUUUUGGUGGUAUAAUGAAGGAUGUGGAAAUACCGAAGUGGCUUAACGGAUUGGCAAUGGCACCUGAAUUCCGCCCAACGGACACGGAAUUUGCAGACCCAAUUGCGUAUAUAUCCAAAAUAGAGAAACAAGCUAGUGCUUUUGGUAUAUGUAAAAUAAUUCCGCCAUUGCCCAAACCUUCUAAAAAGUAUGUUCUUUUUAAUUUGAAUAAAUCCCUUUCCAAGUGCUCUGAAUUGGGUUCGGAUCUAAAUCUCAUGUCAAAAACGGAUAAUGCUGAUAGGAUAAAGUAUAAUGGUGGGGUGAGUAGGGCGGUUUUCACUACUAGGCACCAAGAAUUGGGUAGUGAGAAAGGGAGAAAGGAGAAGGGGGUGGGAUGUCAGGUAUCCGGAGCUCAAAAGCAAGUUUGGCAAAGUGGGGAGGUUUAUACAUUGGAGCAGUUUGAAGCAAAGUCGAAGAAUUUUGCUAAGGGUCAGUUUGGCAUGGUGAAAGAGGUGAAUCCAUUAAUUGUAGAGGCAAUGUUCUGGAGAGUGGCUUCUGGUGAGAAGCCAGUUUAUGUUGAGUAUGCAAAUGAUGUGCCUGGUUCAGGGUUUGGUGAGCCAGUAGGGUCACUGCGGCAUUUUUAUAGACAUAAGAGGAGGAGGAGGAAGAGAAAGUCCUUCAAUCGGAAUAAUUUAGGAAGCUCUGAUAGCAAGGAUGAUCAAGUAGAUGCAGUGAACAGUGGUAGUUUAGAUAAAGUUUCAGGCAGGCAGAAAGAUUUUGGUUUAUGUAAAGAGACAGCGUCAAAUUCAUUACCAUCUAUGCAGUUGCAUCAAGCUGCAUCUUUUUCUGGGGAUAGGGAUUUAGACUGUACGAGUGAGUUGGAAGGUACUGCUGGUUGGAAGCUUUCAAAUAGUCCUUGGAAUUUACAAGUAAUAGCACGAUCAGCUGGAUCAUUGACACGUUUUAUGCCAGAUGAUAUCCCUGGCGUUACUUCUCCCAUGGUUUAUGUGGGAAUGCUGUUCAGCUGGUUUGCUUGGCAUGUUGAAGAUCAUGAGCUUCACAGCUUGAACUUCCUUCACAUGGGCGCUCCAAAGACUUGGUAUGCAGUGCCAGGAGAUUAUGCAUUCAACUUUGAAGAAGUCAUUCGUCUUUAUGGUUAUGGAGGAAAAACUGACCGUUUAGCUGCUCUCUCUCUCUUGGGUGAGAAGACAACUGUUUUGUCUCCUGAAGUCAUUGUUGCAUCAAACAUCCCAUGUUGCAGGUUGGUGCAGUACCCUGGAGAAUUUGUUGUGACUUUUCCGAGGGCUUACCACAUAGGAUUCAGCCAUGGUUUCAAUUGUGGAGAAGCUGCUAAUUUUGGCACGCCAGAAUGGCUUGCGAUAGCUAAGGAAGCUGCUGUGCGUAGAGCUGCCAUGAAUUAUCUACCCAUGCUUUCUCAUCAGCAACUCUUAUACUUGUUGACAAUGUCUUUCAUUUCAAGAAUACCAAGAUCCUUACUACCAGGGGUGCGAAGCUCACGUUGUAGAGAUCGUCAGAAGGAAGAAAGAGAAUUGUUAGUAAAGAAAGCCUUUAUCCAAGAUAUCUUGAAUGAAAACAAUCUCUUGACUAUUCUUCUUCGGAGAAAUCCCUUGUACCAUGUAGUAUUAUGGGACCUGGAAUUGUUGCCAUCUUCAAGUAAAGAAUCUGAAUUCUGCAAUGGUGCAGAUGCUGCAUUAUUAACAUCAAGUGAAAAAGCUUGUCCUGAGGACAAUGAUAAUCAGGAUCAUUUCAGCCAGUUGAGUAGAUGUAUAAAUGCAGUUGGUUUUGACCUAGAUGAUGAUGACUUGGCAUAUGAUUUUCAUAUUGAUUCUGGAACUUUACCCUGUGUUGCUUGUGGUAUUCUUGGUUUUCCCUUUAUGGCUGUUGUACAACCAUCUGAGGAAGCAUCAAAGACUCUUCUGCUUGAGGAUCGUCAUACCAUUCAAGAUCUAGAAGUUUUCAGACCAGUUGAAUCUCAUUCCCUUUCUGACCUCGAUCACAUGGUUGAGGCCUCUAUUCCAGUGGUUGAAUCAAGCCAACCUACACAUUCACCAAUUGAGCAAUCUCCUAUCUCUGACCAUCCAUCGUCUCCCAAGUCUGAUUCAGCUUCCUCAAAAGUUAAGACUGCGAUGGGAUGGAACAUUUCUGGUGCAUUUGAAAAACCACGACUGUUCUGCCUGGAGCAUGCAAUUGAAAUUGAAGGGCUGUUGAGUACAAAAGGUGGAGCCAAGGUUCUCGUGAUUUGUCAUUCAGACUUCCAAAAAAUAAAGGGACAUGCUGCAGCCACAGCAGAAGAGAUUUUUGUACCUUUUAAUUAUAAUGAAAUUCCCCUGGAUAGGGCAUCACAGGAAGAUCUAUACUUGGUUGAUAUUGCAAUUGACAGAGAAGAACAAACUGGAUGCCUAGAAGACUGGACUUCACAAAUGAGUAUCAAUUUACAGCACUGUGUGAAGGUGAAAAAGAAUUUCCCAUCCAAGAAUGUUAAGCAUCUAUUGACUUUGGGUGGGUUGUUCUCCGAUGCAACUACCAAUCUGAAUUCUUCCAGUUCCUAUUGGAAAUCCAGAAAAUUACGCACAAAGCGUCAUUUAAAACACCCAUUGCAAAGUAUAUCUACUGAUGGCCUUAAGAUCACGAAAGACGAGGAGGAUUCGAGAUCAAAGUUAGAGCAUCAAACUGCUAGGAAAGAGGUUAAAGUCAUCCAAUAUUCAAGAAGAAAAUUCAAAUCUCGUAGUUCUGCAGGAGUAAAUGAGGCCCCUAAAGACUCAAAUGACCAUGUUCUACAAAAUGUUCAGGCUGUUGAUGAUGUAGAUCAAGAGAAAGAAGCUAAAAGCACUACUGAAAGUAUUAUUGUCGGAGUUGCUUUAGCUUCUGGGGGACAAUCUGAAUGUGAACGCAUAAAGUUUUCACAAACAGGAGGCUGUGAUGAGAACUUUCUUCCAUUGCAAUGUGCAAAUUCAUUUACUUCUGCCACACCAGUUGUCGAAAAUGUUGCAGCACAAGCUAUGAUUUGCUCGUCAGAUGGAUUGAUGGUGAAGGAAAAUGUUCGUGGUUCAACAUGGUGUGAUCCCAAGGUGCAGCAUGAAAUCAAGGUAGAAGGAAACUUUGAGGAAAACAGGAGAUGUUAUUUAGAUAAUUCUGAUAGUGCACCUCCAGCUGAAGCUGGGGGAUGCCAUUCUGGAAAAUUUUCUGGUUCUUCUGCAGUUUCUUCUCAAAGCAACAGCAAAAUGGAAAAUGCGAGGAAGAAACAUGUGAUGAAGGAAACUGACAGUGAGGCAUCGGAUACCUUGAGUUGCAAGGGGCACAACAAAGUUCAGACAGACACAGAUAAUCAAGACAAAGCUGUUCCCGUUGGACAGCAUGAAAUUCUGACAGGCGGAGAUAAUCAAGAGAAAGCUGUUUCCGGGGGUCAGCAAGAAAUUCAGAGAGACAGAGAUGAUCAAAGCACAGAUUUUUCUAUAGGUACUGGACUAGUAGAAGAAUAUACUUCCACCUUGGUUGAAGAACUCCAUGUAGCAAGUAAUAUACCUGCUUCCAUGGAAUCUUGUGGCGAUAACAGCAGUGAUGUCUCUUUCCCUAAGCAGAGACAGCCAAAUUAUUCCAACUCUACUGCCGUGCAAUCUGAACCAAUUUUGGAAUGCGGAAGAAAGAGAAAACGAGAAGUAGACCUGCUAACACAAGAUCAAUUGCAUGUUGGCGGCUUCAUUGUAAGUCCUUGUGAAAGUUUGAGGCCAAGGGGCAGAAAAGAUGCAUCUGUCAGUGGAACUGACUGUAAGAACCCUGUCGAGGAGAAGCUGCCGGUGAAGAGGGUGAGGAACGCUUCAGCCGAUUCUAUACCUCACAAGGAUAAGAAAGAAAAUGAAACAAGACCCCACAAGUGUGACUUAGAAGGCUGUCGAAUGAGUUUCAAGACGAAGGCAGAGCUUCUCCUUCACAAACGUAAUCAGUGCCCAGUCAAUGGGUGCAGGAAGAAACUCAGCUCCCACAAAUACGCAGUAAUGCACCAGCGUGUUCAUGAUGAUGAUCGGCCCCUCAAGUGUCCAUGGAAGGGUUGCACUAUGUCAUUUAAGUGGGCUUGGGCGAGGACUGAACAUAUACGAGUGCACACUGGGGAGCGUCCGUAUGUGUGCAAGGUCAAGGAUUGUGGCCUUACUUUUAGAUUCGUGUCUGAUUUUAGCAGGCAUAGACGGAAAACUGGACAUCAUGUGAAGGUAAGUUAGGUUUGUGAUUAUCAGUACCAAAAUGUGGAAUUCUUGAGAAAAGCGAAGCAACUCAAGAAUCAUGUAAAACUAGCAUGCCCUGAUCCUUUCAGUGUAGGCUAGGAAAUUGACUGAUCUCUGUUGUGGGUAGGCAUUUUACAGUUAGAAAAUGAUUGUUUAGUUGUUUAGUUGGUAGUUGGGAUAAGUGAAGUUGAAGUUGCUACUUUUUCAUUAGCAUGGAGGAAUUGGAUCUUGACACCUGAUUGCUUAGCAUGGUCCACGAUCUUGGUGAUAUUUCAUGUCAAGUAGAAUGCACUAGAAACAAGAAAGGCCGAAAUUAUAGAGUGCAAAAAUAUGGGACAUCAGUGUGUCUAGGAUGUUCUAGCUUUUAAGUGGCUUUUUUGACGUCUUAUUUUGGUGCUUAUUGUGAAAAAGAACGUAAAAAAGGCUAGUAGUUGCUUAAAAUGUUAGCCAAACAUUGUCGAGCAUGUGAAGAUGUUUGGAUGUAAAACUGAACUUCUCAAACAUGUUUCAAUUCAUUUCA